AUGUUCACAGGGCUGCAUGGAUGGACUGCACAUGCUGAAGAGGGCAAUGAAGCUGUGAUGUUGAGGGUCAUGGACAAGGGCCCCAUUGCUGAGGAAGAUGGUGGAAAGGAAGCACAGCUCUCCAUGGCCAGACAUGCACAUGUGAGCAGACAGGGGAGCUUGGUGGAUGGCAAGAAUACCAGAUCAAGUGUCAAGGAGGGUGAAGAGGUCUCAGCGGCAGUGGGGGACCCGGGCAGCAUAUAUGCAGGGGGAUGUGAGGGCACUAGGUCUAGCAAGGUCACCACACACUAA